CAGGUUUUCUUCCCAGAAAAUUUCUAUGAACAUAUGUGACCAUCGAGAAAUACGUGAAAAUAAAUUCUCCACUGUGUUUCCAUCUGGUUUACAAAGUCGAAAGUCAAGUUUUACUGGUCCUCAGGAGCAGCAGAUCACAAUGUCUUACCCAAUUGGUUCUCAACCCCAAGCCAUGCAAGGCUAUGCCUCCAGUAGCAGCCAGUGGGACUCUGAAGUCUUUGACUGUUGUGAAGACAUGGGAAUCUGUUGUUGUGGAACAUUUGUCCCUUGUAUUCUCGCAUGUAAAGUGGCGUCAGACUAUGGAGAGUGCUGCUGCCUGCCAUGCCUUGGGGGCGCUAUACUGGCUAUGAGGACAGGUAUUAGGGAAAGACAUCACAUCCCGGGAAGUAUCUGCAACGACUGCGUGUGUCUCACGUUCUGCGGACCCUGCACGCUCUGUCAGAUGGCCCGCGAGCUGAAGGAGAGGAAACAUUAAGACUGUACGAAGGGUUUUCUUAGAUAUGGCGACCAUCGAAGGACUGUUCACAUUUUUACUAGAUGAAAUGCUUCGUAAUCCUCUCUGGUUGGAGUUGGAAAGAGAGUUGGUGUGACGUGACCACUGACCACUUCAUCUUUACACGUCUCCAGUGCGGGAAUAAGAAGUAGCCUUAGACUACGACUUUUUUCCCCAAUAGGGGACAUCUCUCAAUAGCGGACAUUUUUUUUUAUUCGAGUGAGUGUCCGCUAUUGGGAGAUUCUUCUGUAUAUAGGAGUUAUACCGUACAACACCAGCCCCUUGGCAUUUCAUGUUACAGAUAUCAUUACUCACA